AUGGCACUUGAGUCGUUUGCUGCGUUGUCACUGGCAGCCAACAUAUUCCAGUUUAUCGACUUUAGCGGUAAGCUAUUCAAAAAAGCACGGCAGACUCAAUGUCUCAAAGACGACCUGCUUUCUUCAGCAUCUACUGUUCCUCUAUCCUCGGGGACCACUGGUGAAGAAAGGGACUUGGCCGUCAUGGCAAAAGAUUGCACAGAGCUUGUUGAUGUGUUUUCUAAUCUGCUCAAGAAGCUCAAAGGCAGUGGAAGAGUGGGAAAGUUUGGGAGUUUAUGGCAGGCAGCGCGAGUUGUGAUGAAAGAUAAUGAGAUCAAUGCUGCGAAAACUCGUUUGAAGGAAUUCCAGACACGCAUCACUCUUUCUUGCCACGCUGGUCGAGAGGAGACGCGCGCGAAAGAUCUCUUGGCGUGGAAGGCCUCUGUGACAAAGAAACUUGAUGACAAACAAUCGUCUUCCGAUAAUUCUAUGGACUGCAGCGAUAAUAUAUCCUCGAAACUCAGCGAGAUUGCCUCUGAUCUAUCCAAAUUGGCUACAGCUGGGAACCGGAUCGCCACUCAACAUCGGAUCUUAAAAGGCUUAUGUUUCGACUCCAUGAACGUGCGGCACGCUCAAAUCCCGGAGGCCCAUAGCAAAACAUUCGAAUGGGCAUAUACAUCGCAAUCAACAGCGGACCGCUCUUGUAAACAGUUCGAAUUUGCCGAGUGGCUACGGUCUGGAGACGGCCAUUACUGGAUUGCCGGCAAACCGGGCUCUGGAAAAUCAACGCUCGUCAAAUUUCUAUAUGACAAUCCCCGAACACUCUUAGAGCUACAAGAUUGGCGCGGGCAGAAAGAAUUGGUCACCACGGGCUUCUUCUUCUGGAAUUCUGGCACAAAAAGACAAAAAUCCGUAGAAGGCCUGCUCCAGUCCCUUUUGUACGAGAUACUAAGAAAGUGCCCAAGUCUUAUUCCUAUAGUAGCACCACAAAGAUGGCAAGAACAAUCUUUGAACCACUCAGAACCUGCACCCUGGUUUCAGGGGGAGAUGAAGGAUACGUUCCGACGUAUUCAAGAGCAAGGCACCAUAUCUGCAAAGUUCUGUUUCUUUAUUGACGGCCUUGAUGAGUACGACGGAGACCAAUCAGAUCUCAUCAACGUACUUCAAGACCUCACAACAUCGCCUGAUAUCAAGCUAUGUGUUUCAAGUCGACCCUGGAACCUGGAGUCUAGCCCGCAGUUCAUAUCGUUAAUCACCAUGGAUAAUCGAUACAAUGAACUUGUCGAAGACAUUGUGCGAAAAGCUGAUGGAGUAUUCUUAUGGGUGUUUCUCAUCGUCCGAUCACUCUUGCAAGGUCUGUUGAAUUGCGACAGACUCUCCGAAUUACAGCGAAGGAUACGUCUUCUCCUUUCGACACUGGAAGAGUAUUUCCUACAUAUCCUUUCUACUACUGACGGUGCCUACUCGGAACGUGCAGCAGAGACUUUCGAAAUUGCUCUCAAAGCUACUUACCCUAUGUCCUUGCUUGUAUAUUCAUACGUCGAUGAAGAAGACCCAUGCUAUGGAAUCAAUGCAGAGAUCAAGGAGCCGUCGCGUCAAGAGAUCAUACACCGAUUGCAAAUUACGAAAAGACGCCUCAAUGCACGCUGCAAUGGAUUGCUCGAGAUUCUGAUCGCCAGUGACGAUGACGAUAAACGUGAACUUCUCAGAAAUAUCAUCGAUGAUCCCGGAGACUCACCAGUCGCAACCAGUACUAUCGACAAGAGCACUCUCUUUGAUGUAUUCAUCGUUAAUUUUCUCCACCGGACGGUUAAAGAUUUUCUCAACACUGAGGCCAUUCAGAAAAUGAUUAGACAAAACAUAAAAACCGAUUUCCAACCACUAUCUGCAAUAGGUCGAGCACUCCUAGCUCAGAUCAAAGCACUGCCGACCAAUUUUCCCGCUCGUCCAAAAAGACGUAAUGAACUUGUGCGGCAAAUGGUCAACGGUAUUCUUUCCCACGCAAGAGUCUCUGAUGAAAGAUUCCAAGCCCCGGAAGUCCAGACGCUGGAUGAACUGGAACGUACCCUUUUAGCUCUAUCAUCUGCUCAGGAGAUCGAAAAAUUGCCAACACAGUCGCCUGGUAUUAGAGCUUUAGGUUUCAACUAUGAAUCUUUCCUAGAACUUGCGGUUGAAGCUGCGCUAUGCAACUACGUCUGUUGCAAGUUGCGUUUGUCUUCAGAAAAGGGAUCACAACCGAGUCUUAAGAAGCUGCUGCCCGUUGCAAUGAAUAUGGACUGGAGUGCAAAGAGCGCAGCUCGCAGUGAAUCCAUGGUCCGGGUCCUCGUAAACGAAUUAGAAGCGCAGAGAACAGAAGAAUGGACUAUAGUCGAGCUACCAUCUCUUUGGAUCUUUUUUCUACGAACUUUACCGGAAGAAUAUGGUAUCUUUGAACAAUGGGAUCUGGGGGCCUAUUUGCAAACCAUCCAAAUGUUUCUUGAUAUGGGCGCUAAUCCUAAGGAGCAACAUGACGGAUGCGUGGCGUGGGAAAGUACGCUUCAGAAGCUUAAGGAUCAGUUCAAACAAGGACGUUUCCGAGUGAGCAGAAACGAAGCGAUGGACUUCAUCGAAAACCUUCCGUGGACUUGA